GGCAGCGGCAGGGCGCGGAGGAGCCGCCGGAGCCGGCGCGGCGGCACCGCCGCUCGGCGCCAGAGCUCCCUCGUGCAGCUGGACACGGUGUCUGUGCCACCACAGAGCAGCUGAUCAUGCUGUGCUCUGGAGUGGCAAGAACUCAGAAGACGUUUCCUGGUAUUUAAGUGCCCCUCCUGUUUGGUAGGGGGUGUCUCUUGCUGGAUAUCAGAGCAGGUCAGUGUGACUGGCGGAUAAAGGGCAGGAUGGCAGGCAAUAACCAGCUUUGCAUUCGCCGCUGGACUACCAAGAACGUAGCCAAGUGGCUGAAGGAAGAAGGCUUCUGUGAAUACGUGGAUCUUUUGUGCAACAGACACAGGCUAGAUGGAAUUACCCUGCUGACACUUACCGAGUAUGACUUGCGAUCCCCUCCUCUGGAAAUCAAGAUCUUGGGGGAUAUCAAGAGGCUGAUGUUGUCCAUCCGCAAACUGCAGAAGCAGCACAUCGAUGUCCUGGAAGAGCUGGGUUUCACCAGUGAUGGUCAUGCUGGCACAGUUGGUUCACUACAGGGGGCAGAUUGGUUUUGUAAUGGUGAAGUACCUCGGGACUAUGAUGGACCAAUUACUGACUUGAAUGGUGAUCAGUAUCAAUAUGCAAAUGGAAAAAACAAACAUGCCACACGCAGACUGGACCCAGAAUACUGGAAGACAGUUUUAAGUUGUGUGUAUGUCUUCAUAGUGUUUGGCUUUACAUCAUUUGUUAUGGUGAUAGUACAUGAGCGAGUACCUGACAUGCAAACAUAUCCACCUCUGCCAGACAUAUUUCUAGAUAGCGUCCCUAGGAUACCAUGGGCUUUUGCUAUGACUGAAGUAUGUGGUGUAAUUCUUUGCUAUAUUUGGCUCCUGGUUCUUCUGCUUCACAAACACAGAUCUAUCCUUCUGCGCAGGCUGUGCAGCCUCAUGGGGACAGUAUUUUUAUUACGUUGCAUUACAAUGUUUGUUACCUCACUCUCCGUGCCAGGACAACACUUGCAGUGUACUGGAAAGUUGUAUGGCAAUGUUUGGGCAAAACUCCAGCGGGCAUUUGCAAUAUGGAGUGGCUUUGGAAUGACCCUGACUGGAGUACAUACAUGUGGAGAUUAUAUGUUCAGUGGUCACACUGUCGUCCUGACCAUGCUCAACUUCUUUGUCACAGAAUACACACCAAGGAGCUGGAACUUCUUGCACACCUUGUCCUGGGUCCUGAAUCUCUUUGGAAUCUUCUUCAUUUUGGCUGCACAUGAACAUUAUUCUAUAGAUGUCUUCAUUGCUUUUUACAUCACUACAAGACUCUUUUUGUAUUACCAUACAUUGGCUAAUACUAGAGCAUAUCAACAGAGUAGGAGGGCAAGGAUAUGGUUUCCAAUGUUUUCUUUUUUUGAAUGCAAUGUUAAUGGUACUGUUCCCAAUGAGUAUUGCUGGCCCUUUUCAAAACCUGCUAUUCUAAAAAGAUUAAUUGGUUGAAGACUCUGUGGGUCAGUUCAGGUUUUUAUGAAGCAUUAUGACUAAGAUCCUACAAGGGGGAAGUCAAAUAACAUUUUUCACUCCAUGAUCUCCUCCUUGCCUUGUUUCUUGGAUUCUUAGCCAUAAAAUGGGCUUCCCAUUCUUUACAGGGAUGUGUUUUGUUUUCUCCUUGUGAAAAUAGAAAACAAUGCAGGGAUGGGUAAAGGCUAUCAGUGAAGCAUGAAUAUAAACCAGAAUACUGUUACCCUUGGUAAGGUUCUGUGUGAAUGCUUUUGGAAUAUUAACCUCAAAUAUGUAUUGAAGAUAAGACACCCUUUACAGGUCCAGAUAAUUUUUGUU